AGUUAGGCUUCUUUCCCCUGUUUCCUCCGAGAUGGCUCGCACGAAGCAGACGGCGCGCAAGUCGACCGGCGGCAAGGCCCCGCGCAAGCAGCUGGCCACCAAGGCGGCCCGCAAGAGCGCGCCGGCCACCGGCGGCGUCAAGAAGCCGCACCGCUACCGGCCCGGCACGGUGGCCCUGCGCGAGAUCCGGCGCUACCAGAAGUCCACCGAGCUGCUGAUCCGCAAGCUGCCGUUCCAGCGGCUGGUGCGCGAGAUCGCGCAGGACUUCAAGACCGACCUGCGCUUCCAGAGCUCGGCCGUGAUGGCGCUGCAGGAGGCGUGCGAGGCCUACCUGGUGGGGCUCUUCGAGGACACCAACCUGUGCGCCAUCCACGCCAAGCGCGUCACCAUCAUGCCCAAGGAUAUCCAGCUGGCGCGCCGCAUCCGCGGGGAGAGGGCGUUUUACUUGGAGCUGGUGUACUUGGUGACGGCCUUGGUGCCCUCGGACACGGCGUGCUUGGCCAGCUCCCCGGGCAGCAGCAGGCGCACGGCCGUCUGGAUCUCCCUGGACGUGAUGCUCUCCUUGCGGCUGCGCUUGCGCUUCUUGCCGUCCUUCUUCUGCGCCUUGGUCACCGCCUUCUUGGAGCCCUUCUUCGGGGCCGGAGCGGACUUGGCUGGCUCAGGCAUGACAAAAUUCACCGCGCGGAAUUUGAAGAUUCGGACCAAUCAGGAGGACGUUGCCUUUAUAAAUAAGAGUCGGCGCAAAAGCACUUUCAGUUGUAAACCGUGUUUGCAAUCUCUCGUUAUGGCUCGCACGAAGCAGACGGCGCGCAAGUCGACCGGCGGCAAGGCCCCGCGCAAGCAGCUGGCCACCAAGGCGGCCCGCAAGAGCGCGCCGGCCACCGGCGGCGUCAAGAAGCCGCACCGCUACCGGCCCGGCACGGUGGCCCUGCGCGAGAUCCGGCGCUACCAGAAGUCCACCGAGCUGCUGAUCCGCAAGCUGCCGUUCCAGCGGCUGGUGCGCGAGAUCGCGCAGGACUUCAAGACCGACCUGCGCUUCCAGAGCUCGGCCGUGAUGGCGCUGCAGGAGGCGUGCGAGGCCUACCUGGUGGGGCUCUUCGAGGACACCAACCUGUGCGCCAUCCACGCCAAGCGCGUCACCAUCAUGCCCAAGGACAUCCAGCUGGCGCGCCGCAUCCGCGGGGAGAGGGCGUAAGUUGUCACGGAGGAACAUAAACUUUUAACCCAAAGGCUCUUUUCAGAGCCGCCUACAAUUUCAGGCCGAAGAGCUGCCGCACAGUAGGAUCUCCGCAUUCCCCCUCCCCCCACGGGUGGCGGCCUUUGCGCGUUUGCUGGCUGCCCACCUCCCGACCCCGGCCUCCGCCCGAGCAGUCGUCAAACCUCGCGACCCUAACCGUGAGCAGGCAGUGUGUGCUCAGCCCGAUUGUGCUGUGUUCCCAGGAGAGAGUGUUAGACAAGUCUGGGCUUUUCUUUGGAGCCGUCCGUGUGGCACCACUGAACCAAACGCGGGGCCUGGACCAGUAGCUGAGGAUGUGCACAGCAGGAGUUCAGAGCUUGUGGCCGCUCAUACCGGAAAACGCAACACUGAGCCCCAUGUGUGUGCACCUUUGUUGUGUGAGAAUCAUGGUGUAGUCAUUAGGGCAGAACCCAGCCCUGGCACAAGUGGUGGUGCAUAACCUGUUAUUAAUCCUCGAAGAACCAAGGAGGCAACAGCUCCCAACGUUUCCUCC